GAUUGAACGGAUAGUGCAGAUAGAGAAGAAUUAUGAUGGCUACAUUUGAGUAGAAGAUAAACUUUCCAUCUCUUUCGCAUCAAAUGUUAUUCACAUUUUAUAGAGAAAAGAAUGAAAGUCUUGUAUCCGACGAACCAUUCAGUAAACGAUCUAUACUGAUGGGAUGCUCAGCAUAUUAAUGGAUACUUGAUUUGAAGUUAUGAGCUAACAUGAUGUUCGAGAUCUAAGGAGUUCUACUGAUACAUCUGUACUGUAAAAUAAUAUUUAUUUUUAGAACUCGGAAGAGAGGAACAGUUUAAGUUGGGUCAACGAAUGCUAUUAAAUUAUCCUCAAAUAUUUAAUAGAACACCUGAUUAUUGUUUGAAUAUCUCGGCUACAACGGCCAUACGUACUCAAGAAAGUAUGAAAUCAUUUUUGGUAGGUUUGAAAUAUAAUGCAAAUAAAUCGACAUGUAUAAAACCGAUAUUUACAGCUGCAGUUACCGAUGUCUCAUUACGAUUUUUUGAUUUGUCACCUGAUUAUAAGCGAUAUGAAACACAUUUGAAAAGUAUCGAUAUCAAACAACUAGAGAAUCUGGUUCUCUAUCAUGAACUAAACAAAGAUCUAUUAUACCGUUUUUUCACUAAAAUAUUUAUUAAUAAAUAUUUAAAACAUUCGAGAAAUAUUUCCAAAAAUUUCAUUGAAGAUAUUUAUAAAUAUUCCCUGGUUAUACCAUCAUUGUCAAAAGAAAUAAAACGUAUCGGAUUCACAGUAGAAGAUUUGAAUUUUCGAAAAUUUUUUACAUGUGAUGAGUUGGCAAAAUUAUUUCUCAUUCAUUCCGCAAAAGAUUUUCUCACAAAAGGACCUAGUAUAAAUGUACUCGGUUUACAGAUUCGUAUUGCCGUCCCAUUAUUGGUCGAUUUUAUUAAAACAACUGAUGCUUUUAUUCUAUCUGAAACAAAAAUGAUCAAAGCUAAUCUCCGUUUUGCUCAUAGUGAAACAUUAUCACCAUUUGCCACAUUAAUUCAAAUUGAACAAGCAUAUAAUUCUGUAAAAAAUAUUCAACAUUAUUCACCGUAUACAACAUGGUUACCGAGUCAAAUUAUUCCAAUGAGUGCAAAUAUAGCAUGGAUAUUAUACAAAGAUAUUUAUCAUCCAUUAUAUCUGGUAAAAAUAUUAUUAAAUGAAAAAGUUGUACAUCUACAUGGUUUAACGACUGUUGUCCAACAUUCAUACUAUAACUGGCUCGAUGUUCGACAAUAUUUCAUACAUAAAUUAGAUUUGUUACAUGUUCAUUUAAAUCAUGAUAUGCAUAAUUAUUUAAAAAUUGAAAUCAAUGAAGAAUAUCAACACGAACAUUUUCACUAG